AUGGAGCGAGGUGGCGGGUGGUGGGGCGGGGGGUGGGGCCUCGUUGGGGGGCGAGGCGGGCACCUCUCGGCUAAAUUUAGCCCACCUCAAGAAAACAUCAAUCGCACCAACACAUGCGCACAAUUACACUCGACCCCCCCCCCCCCCCCCCCGCGCUGCCCGCUGCACGCCUCGCCGAAGGCCGUGCGGCGGCGUGGUUUAGCGACAACUGGCGUUAUCGUACCUGACGCCACCUGGCCCACCUUCGGCCAAUCAGCGCGCAGCACACCUGCGCAGCUCGAUAAAAGGGCGGGCCGCGCGAAGGGGCACCUGGGCGCACCUGCCGCGCGCGCCAGG